GUACAACUCGGCCCAGAUGAGCUUCGAUGACAUCCGUGCCGCCACUGCCGCCAUGAUCUCUGAUACCACGAAAGAGGGCAGGUCCUCAAUGGAUCGACUGAAGGUUGGUCAGCACCGGCAGGGUCCAUUGGCCAUGCAUCGCUUUCGCAGUGCCGCGACGGUGAAGACGAUUCCCGAGUCGGAG